AUGAUCACCGAUUUCACCAACGAAGCCGAUAAGGUCUUAGUGCAGUACGCCUUGAAAUAUGCGCAGCAAAACCAACGUGUCGUGUGGGCCGAUCUUGCGCGAAAGAUGCAACGGCGUUUGCGAGUCUCCAAGAUUCCGAAGACGCUGGAAACUCGACUUCGAACACUAAAGCGCGCUCACGGCAACGACCUAUCUCGUUUUCCUCCAUGGUUUUUUAAAGUGACAAUGGCUCGCUCACACUCCACUAACUACGAGAAGUCUCGGACGACAAAUUACCCCGUGUUAGACUUUCAAGCUACUAGAGUUCAGGCAGAGUUGGAGCGAUUAGCGCUGUAG